GCAGGGUCCGGAGCCAGUGCGAAGAUCCGCCUUCUCCCAGGCGAACUGUGAUCGGACGCAGCCGUUCCGACCUCAGGACGACACGUGUAGGACUCUGUACAAUGCCUUCAGGCGAGGCGCCAAACUGUCCAAUAAUGGCCCCUGUAUUGGCUGGAGGGAAGGCACCGGACCGUACCAGUGGCUACACUACAACGAAUCACUGCUCCGGGCACGGAACUUCGCAGCGGGACUUAUUGCCUCAGGUCUCACCCCAGGCCAGAAGACCAGUGUCGGUAUCCUGAUGCAGAACCGUCCCGAGUGGACCCUGGUGGAGCAGGGCUGCUACUGCUUCAGCAUUAUCACAGUACCGCUGUACGACGCGCUGGGGGAGGACACGUGUGCCUACGUUAUUGAUAAGACGGGUCUCUCAGUGGUCGUUGUGGACAGUGACGCCCGUUUGAGCGGCCUUUUGAACACGCGUCCCCGACGGCUGGAGAAGAUUGUCUGUACACACCAUCCAGCUCCGGAUCUACUGAAGCGAGCGGCUGAUUUGGCGGUGACGGUGGUGGGAUUCGCGGAGAUGGAAAAGGAAGGAGGAAAGGCGCAGAUUGCCGAGAAGCCGCCCCGGCCGGAGGACACGGCCACCAUUUGUUUCACGGCCGGUACCGGAGACACGCCCCGGGGCAUCGUUCUGACCCACGCCAAUGUGACGUCAUCGGUCCACGCCCUGCUGCUACAGUUAGACUCGUGUGCACCGAACAGUGGCGAUGUGCUGAUGAGCUACCUGCCGCUGGCACAUAUGCUGGAGAGGAUCUGUGAGGCGGUGCUCUUCUCCCAGGGCGGCAGUGUCGGUUACUGGAGCGGUGACCUGCACGACCUGCCGUCUGACCUCAGUGCCCUACGGCCCACCGUGGUACCCAUGGUACCGCGGCAGCUGAAUAGGCUGAAGGACAGAGCCGUGGCGUGGGCCGCCGGGAGUGGACUCAGGAGGAGGCUGCUCAAAUGGGCGCUGUCCGCCAAACAGGCGGAGGUAGAUAGGUCUAUUGUCCGCAAUGACUCGAUCUGGGACCGUCUCGUGCUCCGGCCCACCCGCGCCUCGCUCGGUGGUAGAGUGAGACUGGUGGUGGUCGGGUCAGCUCCCACCGCGCCGGCCGUACUCAACUUCGCCCGGUGUGCGCUGGGAUGUACGGUACUGGAAGGAUACGGCCAAACCGAGUGCUCGGGCGCCUGUACUCUGACUGUGCCCGGUGACAUGAGGCCGGGUCAGGUCGGGCCGCCGCUGGCCUGCUGUGAUGUGAAGCUGGUGGAUGUACCCGAUAUGGGUUAUUAUACGGUGUGCGGAGAAGGAGAGGUGUGCAUACGAGGCAGCAAUGUGUUCAAGGGCUACUUCGGUGACCCGGCUCGGACGGACGAGGUUCUGGAUAAACAGGGCUGGCUGCACACAGGGGAUAUAGGACAGUGGACCAAACACGGAACGCUGAGGAUCAUCGAUCGACGCAAACAUAUGUUCAAACUGGCGCAGGGCGAGUACGUCUCCCCGGAGCGAGUGGAGGCGGUCUACCUCCGGUCUCGCUACAUCUCCCAACUCCUGGUACACGGUGACAGUCUCAAGUCCUGCGUGGUGGCCGUCGUAGUGCCAGAGGUUGCUGAACUGAAAGCCUGGGCGGCCACGACGGGACUCAGGGGCACGCUGUCCGUCCUCUGUCAGGCACAGGCAGUGAAGGAUAUGAUAUUGGCGGAUAUGGAUCGACUCGCCACUGAGGCCAGGCUGAAGGGAUUUGAACAGGUGAAGGACAUCUACCUCCACCCGGAUCGGUUUAGCGCUCAGAACAGUCUACUGACCGCCGGACAGAAGCCACGCCGGCCCGAAAUGAGACGCUACUUCAAACCCCAGCUCGACGACCUGUAUGCCAAACUCCGCUAGUGCUGACAUCUAGUGAGAAAGGAGAGAAGCUGGUGCUUUGCAGCUUCUCUUUGGAAUUGAGUUCUCUGGAAAGAGAGAAACUGGCAGCUGUUAGAUGUGCUGAGAGUGAAAACUGACGUGGAACGGGAGAUAUUGAUGUGUGUUUUAAGCUCGGAUGGUGUUUGGUGGUGUGCUGGCAUGAAUGGUAGGGAAUUGGAACUGGCAAUGGUGGAUUGUGCUGCCACCUAGCGGGCGUUGCAAUAAACUAGCAUCACUGGAUGGUAGAGACAUCUAGCGGGGGGCGGAAGAAGCUCUUCUGUACCCUGAGUGGAAGUGCAGUGUUCUGAAAUAGUUUUUUUUCUGAAAUAGUUAGCACUUGUGAUUGUGAAUUGUGCUUAUAUCUUACGAGGGAUGAUAAAACUGGUGCGGAAUGCGGAUGCAGACUCCUCCGUGUUUUACCUAUUGAGCUUGGGAUCAGCUUGGGAGCGUGCUGACAUCUGGUGGGCGGUGAAAAACUGAUGAGUGCAUUGUGCUGACACCUAGCGGGGAGUGAGUGAAGCGGAGACCAGCCCCUUGUGCUGGCAUCUAGUGACAAACUGAGAAAACAAGGAAGUGUGGGACUGAUGAGUUGUGGUAAACCUUUUUCGCAUAUAUCUUGCAUGAUAGUAAGUUUGCCGUGGUGAAUCUUUUACAUAGUAGGUAGCCUGUCAGAACUCUGCGCUCAAAUGCUGUAUUUUACUGAUGCGUAAUCGCUGAUUGUCUUGCAAUGGGGAUAUACGACGGUUCCCAUUAGCCGGUGCUUGCUGAGCGUAGAAUAAAGUCCUGUGAAUAUGUG